GUCAGCCAAUGACGUUUCACCCAGAAGGAAGUAAUCACACACGGAAAUGACGUCUAUUCAGAGCAAAUGUGUCAACGGCAGAGAUUACCUCUAAUCCAAAGCAGUGUGCAGUGAUGUGGCCUGUAGUUUGGACUGCGAUGCGCACCUAUGCGCCUUACGUCACCUUUCCUGUAGCUUUUGUGGUCGGCGCUGUGGGCUACCACCUGGAGUGGUUCAUUAGAGGGACCCCUAAACCUCGGGAGGAAGAAAAAAGCAUCUUGGAACUAAGGGAGGAAAGAAAGCUGCAGGAACAGUUGGGAAAAGACAGCACUCAGGUGCUUAGCCUGAAAGAGAAACUGGAGUUCACACCUAAAGCAGCUCUCAACAGGAACAGAGCUGAGAAGAGCUAACUCGUGUCAUUGUGACAGACUUGUGUUUUGCAGUUUUUCACCAGGAGCAAAGUGCUCUAAGGGUAGAACCCAUUGUUCUACUCACCUGAAUGUCACUUUUUCACUUAUCAUUUCCAAAAAUUAAACCAAACAUACCCUUUCAACUGCUUUAGAUCAGGUAAACAUCUCUUGUAUAAGUGAAUACGCAUGAUUUGAAAAUGCAGAUAGAUCAAAAUUUUAGCAAAGCCACUGUAAUAACCACCUAUUUAUUAGACCUUAGGGUCUUUCAGUAUUGAUCUAAUUCUG